AUGGAAAUGGAGGUGGAUGUGGAGGAAUGCCUUCGCUGGCUGCCUUUUGCAACCGGUCGUGGUCUUAUGGAGGCCCACCUCCUUCCCAAAACUCCUCCAUUGCAAUUGCAAAAGGUCGAAGGCAGAUGGGGGAAUUGCUUUGAUGCCGACUUUGGCUGGAAUCGCUCCUUCUCCGAGCCGGAUCUCACAGGCAAUCAGAAGUCCGGCGAUCUCAGCCGGUUCGCCAUCAAGCAUCCGCACGAGUACAUAGCCGUCGAUGACCUCAAGUACUUUCGCCGUCGCCAGCCCGUCCAUCUGCACACCCGGAGCAACGUAUGCCUCCACAGCGGCGAUGAGCCAGCGAUCAGUUUCGGCUCCCUGAAGUCCGAGUAUCGCAAGCACUUCUGUGGCACCCAGUCCCGACCCAGAUCCUUGCUGCGGCGCGCUACUUCGCUGCGAUUGGAGGGAUUCAUGCAGCUGCUGUCGGAGCACCAGGAGAAAUACCACUGGUACACGCCCGAGGACCUGCGAUUCUCCCGCACCUUUCCCGUCCGCAAUCCGGAGAACCUGCAGUUGGGCGCGGGCAGCGGUCCCACCGAUGGCAUGAAGAACUCCUCGUACCUUAUGCUGGAUCCCAGCACCAAGAUACUGCCACGCGAGGUGUUCCUCGACGAGUCGGAGCUGGCGGCCCGGAACCAACCCACUAGUAAGCUGGCGGCGGACAAGUUUCGCCGCGAUGUGGCUGCCCAGGAGCAGCAGCGAUGCCAUCUGCAGAUGCGUGCCCAGGCUGUGGACCACGAACAGCAGGGCCAGGUGCCAGAGCCCUCCGAGUACCGUCGCCAGUUCGUGCAGCAGUUCCCCGAGAAGGCGCACUCCAUUCCCCAGAUGAGCAGCAUCAAGAUUCAGGGUGAGUUCGUGGCGGUGCCGGAAUACAGGGACAGCUUCCGUAUGUAUGCCAACUACUCGAAGAGUGCGCCCAUCAAGAAGAACGACAACCUGCGCGUAUCCGGUUCCGAGGCGGCCUGCGCCCCCAGCUCGGAGGUGCCGGAGUACCGCGACAAAUUCAUCGACCCACCCAAGAACGUGCCCAAAGAGAAGUCCCUUAAGACGGACGACCACCUGCGUCCGCGCGGGGAGUUUACCAAAGAGAUUCCCGAAUACCACGAGAGCUUCCGAGAUCCGCAGAUCACCGAAAUGCCGGAGCGGGGUAAGCCCCGUGAGCCGUUCCUUCGCCUGCGCGGCAAGAUCGAGUUUAAUCCGGAGUACAGGAAUAACUAUCAGGAUUUUCCGCGUUCCCGACCCGUUGUCCAGAAGCCCACCUCCUGCUUCCGGUUGCCCACCUCGGGCGCAUGCCACGCCCCAUCCGUCCACCAUCAGCCGGAAGAGGAUCUGGAAACACCUGUCCUGGUCACAGUGCCUCCAUCGGAGGUAACUGCCACGCCGGAGUAUCGUCGAGCGCAGUACAACUACCAAUUGCGGGAGCGCCCGAGGGAUUUAGAGGCUGCACCAGCUGGUGUCCAGGGAAAUUUGCGCAAAAGUUCCGAUUCCACGUUGGAAGCUAGACAGCCGCAGGCCCCCAUGCCCCACAAACGGAGAACCUCGCGUCAGCGGCAGAUCAAGGAGCCAGAGCAACCGUUGGCCACUAGAUUCGACGAUGUGGUCGGCAAUGCGGCCAAAAAGCCAGCGCGCUACGGACGACGUGCAUCUGUGCUCCAGAACGCAGCCAGUUGUCGGGAGAACUCGUCAAUCAUCGAGGGUAAUCCCAAAUACGCCGUGGGAUGUCGUCGCUCCAAGCAGCCAGUCGGAAAUCAGACGCAGCCACCCGGUGCCUUUGUGGUGCUCGACGAGCACUGCAAGCCUUCCAACUGGAUGAAGAAGACCUGGUACGACUCCUAG